AUGAAAGAGCUAACCGUUGAACCUGAACCCAUCCAUGGCCAUGCUCAAGGUGUUGCACCAUCAGAGAUUGGUAAAGGUAACUCCACUACCAGACCUGACUUACACAACAGGGCUGUCAAAAUCUUAAGAGCCAGAGAAGCUUAUAAUGGUGGCUACAAUGAUGAAGUUGGUGAAAAGCCUUCUAGAUUUGAAGUCUUUGGUUGGUACCUUUAUGAGUUUUGCUUCUACUUUGUUCAAACUGUUCUUGUCCCUGUUGUUUUCCCUCUCAUUAUCAGUCAGCUACAGAAACAGCCUACUGUUUCACUUCAAGAAUGGAACAAGCUUCAUCCUGGUACUCACUGCUCACAAAAGGAAUUUCAUUUGUAUAGCAAACUCACUGGACACACUAUAAGUUCAAAGUUUUCACCAUUGGAAUGGACAUCAAUUGCUUGGGCUAUAGGUCUAGCCAUAGCGGCACCAAUUCUUGGCUUCCUUUCCUUCCACCUCGACGGAAAUUUCCCAAAACUCAUCACGGUAGCAGCAACAGGUGUUGGAGUUUUCUUCUGUCUCCCGGCCGGAUUCUUCAAAGUUACAGCCAUUUUCAUUCCAUACAUUGCUGGUAUCAUAGCAGCCAGCACGGUCGCGAAUGCUGCUCACACACAACAUUUUGGCCUCAUGAUUCGCGCUUUCACCGGAACAUCUUUGAAGAAGACACAGUUUUUCAUUAGACAGGGUGUUUCUACGCGUCUCUCGCUUCACGCUACUUCUGCUGGAUGUUUUGGCGGGGCUUUGAUUGCUGCUUUUACUUACCAUAUGAUACAUGAACUCAAUGACAACGAGCGUGAUGUUAUGAGUCUUUGGGUUGUUUCGAUUUUUAGUGGACUAAUUUGGCUCGUUGGGAUUUUACAUUUAGCUACAGCUACAAGUAGAACCACUGAUUCAAUCUCAUUUUCGUCGAGGCUUCACCCUUUUUCCAUCUUCAAAUAUCCUCAUGCUAUUGGUGGUCUUGCUAGUGUUUUCCUCGCGUCUUUUACAACCAUGACGAUUUUCAUGGGAGGUGUGAUUUUCAUUGUUGGACAGCUUUGCAUUAGGCCGCUACAUUUGCUUUUGUUCUGGUUAACCUAUUUCCUCUUCCCACUCGUUUCGCUGUCGCUGCUUCAACCUUUGCUUCACUUGAUUAAGACAAGCUCGGUUAAAAUGCAGAUCGUCGGGUUCUUUUUCUCGCUUCUGUCAUCCGGGUUUGGAUUCUACUAUGGACACAGUCACUGGAAAUGGGGACACUUGGUUCUUUUCGGCGCCAUUCAGAGCACGGCAACAGGCAUUCUCCAUGCUUUCGGUCGCGUUCUAGUGUUGGACUGUGCUCCAUCAGGUAAAGAAGGUGCUUUCUCGAUAUGGUAUGCAUGGAUGAGAGCUGCAGGGUUGUGUGUCGGGUUCACAGUCGGUUCAGUCGGGCCCGGACGGAUUAGAACUUCAUUCGGAGUCGCGUUUUGCACUGCUAUAGCUGGAAUUAUCGUGUUACUCUUCGGAAAUAUCAGUGAUGCAGGUGGUGCUGUUGCUGCAGGGAACGUAAACGACGAUAACGAAAGAAGUUCCACCGUGGUUUCUGGUUUAGAUUCGAAAGAAGCGGUUCGAGUUUGA